CCCAAAACCUUCUCGGCCCCACCAACUCUAAACCCCAAACCCUCUCCUCCCUCCUGCUCCGGCGUCGCCACCCACGAGCUCCACGCCUCCGCCGACAGGGCGCUGACCGCGCCGCCGGCCGCUGAUUGAAGUGCUUGGUGGGAAUGACUGAGAUGCAGAGAAAUUCAACAGAGCGGUGGGUUACUCAAAUGGUCAGGAAAUCUCAGAAGGAAGCUCUCGGGACUGUUACGGGACAAGGCAGUACUGAUGAUGUAGGCCCUGGUGACGAUACCACUUGCUCUGCUGGUGAAAAUAGGUACCCUGAUUGGCCUGGAACUACAGUCUUCAGGAUGCUAAUUUCUGCUACAAAGCUCGGUCCGAUAAUUGGUUACAAAGGAGAGAGGGUUAGAAGACUGUGCGAGGAAACAAAAGCAUGUAUCCGUAUAAUAGGUGGUCAUCUUGCGGGGGCAGAAAGAGCUGUUAUCAUUUUCGCAAAGGAGCAACCAGAUGAAUUAAUACCUCCAGCCAUGGAUGCACUAUUGAGAGUAUAUCAGCACAUAAUUUAUGAUGAUGGCUUAAACAUGGGGUCUGACAGUACAGUUGUGGCACGGAUCCUUAUACCAAGUGAACAGGCAGUGAGCCUUAUCGGGGAGCAAGGUUUGAUGAUAUAUUCUAUCGAGGAAGCUUCCAAAACUAACAUUUAUGUCCUUGAUUGUGACUUGCCGCCUGUUGCACUUGAAAAAGAUAGGAUUGUUGAAAUAUGGGGACAACCUGCACGCGUGCGGAAGGCUUUGGAACUUGUUGCUUCUCAUUUGAGGAAGUACCUGGUUGAUCGAAGUGUUAUCCCAUUGUUUGACCCUCAUGUGCCUUUGUCGAUGUUACAUGUGGAAAUGCCCCAAUGUCAUUACAGUGACCAUCCUGAGGGAAUGCCCCCGCUUUACUACAGUGACCACCCCGAAGGCUGUCUGGAAGCAGUUAGUCCACUCUGCCAUUCCGACGAUCAUCAGCGUGAACCCCAAUGGACUGGAACUUACUACAUGAGAUGCAGGAAUCCUGUCGAAGCUCCUACCUCUUUUGGAAGAUAUCGAUCAGUUACACCUCCACACCAUGGUAUAAGUGCGUAUGGACAAGAAACAUCUUCACCACCCAAGGGAACAUACCUAUCAGCUCCUAUUGAAUUAGGUUCACACCACAACCUGACAGCAUAUGAAUUACGAGCAACUUCACCAAUCGGUGCAUCAGCUACUGUUGAAAGAAUACGCUCCCUUAUAUCUGUGCAUGGUCACCAAGCACAUUCACUGAGGAAGACAUGUCAAUCGGCUACAAUGGGAAAACGUCCACACCUGGGAAUAUCAUUAUAUGGAGGUGAAUCUCAUACCAGCAGGGUAUCUCCAUCCGCAGCUGCUGAUCUACCGACACCUCGUGGUAUGUCUGAAUAUGAACUGCAAGCAUCUCAAUCAUUGAGGAUGCAUCCACCAGCCACUGUGGAAAACCUUCUGCACUGUCGUGUGUCUGCGUGUGGCCCAGAAGCACCUUCACAUGUGCUUGUGCGUCCAUUAACUAGUAAAUCACCAGCAAUCACUGCACAGGUUACUGAAAAGAUGCAAGUUCCAAUUAUCUAUGCUGAAGCCGUGAUUGGCCCGACUGGUGCAAGAAUUGAUUACAUUCGCCGCGCUAGCAGAUCGAGCAUCUUGAUAAACGAUUUGGAGGAGGAUGCAAUGUCUAUUGAAAUCAAUGGAAGUUCUGCAACAGAUGUUCAGACUGCAGAACAACUGAUAAAGGUAGGACUUCAUCUUGUUAUGGCAGGGAAAUACUUGUGGUUGACUCCAUGGUUGUGUAUGUAAAGCAUAAGGUGCUGCUUCCAAUCCUUUGUUUGCUGAAAAACUGAAAAUUACUUCUCUUAAUUGGAUGCCUGUGUUUGGUCUACUGUCUAGGGCUCAGCCCGUCCUCUUUAUCACAGCCUAUCUGAGAAUAGAAUCCAUGCUAGUUUUCUUCAAGUCCUUACUGACCGGUCUGAAUGCAUGGCUAAACAGGCUCGGUGACUACUUCUGGUAGACUAUUUCAACUAAACUGGUUUCUUUCGGGUCAAUUGGUUCAGAUGCAGUUUCGGUUUUAGAUAACAUCAACAAAUUUCUUCAUCUCUUUUGUUAUCUCUACAAUAUAUUCCUUAAUAGUUAGUUUCAGCUAUGCUUUUCCACUACUCUUUGUACAUAAAAAUACACUACUUAAAGUACCACAUCAUUUUAUAGUUGAUGUUUGGAAUUAGAACUUUGGCAUUAGAAACAGAACAUUAAUUUUGAAUUGUGAUCAUUAUAAUAAAAUGGUUUUGGCUCCAAUUUACUUGUUUUUCUAUCACAUCUUGCCUUUUGCUCUCUAGUGUCCUACUACUGUUAUGUUGGGACUCCAAAAUGUGUUGCUUUUGCAUCACAUUUUGCCUUACAAAC